UCUGGUCAGGAUGGGAUCUCUGCAGCAGAGGUGGAGCUGAGAGUCAGACCAGGAACCAAUGUCACUCUCUAUUGUGACUGCCCAACAUCUCCUGGAAUUGAGAUCCGAUGGUACCGAAACUGCUCUCACGAGUACCAGCCUCCUCUUGUUAUUUCAAGUGAUAACUCAGCUGCAAAAUAUCUCCCUCGUUUCAUUCCGGAGUGGGACUUCUCCAAGAACUUCUACGAUCUACUGAUUGAGAGUGUCUCUGGAUCUGACCUGGGACUCUACUACUGUGGGUCUGUGGAGUACAAGAUGGAGGAGGGAAAAGAUGGUAAAUCAUAUGCAAAAGAAUUCAACAGCUAUGGAAAUGUCACCACAAGGCUUUCAUUUGGUGCUGUUUCCUCCAGUCAGGAUGGGAUCUCUGCAGCAGAGGUGGAGCUGAGAGUCAGACCAGGAGACAACAUCACUCUCUACUGUGACUGCAACAUAACUACUGGAGUAUACAUUAUGUGGUAUAGGAACUGUUCUCACAAGUACCAGCCUUCACUUGCUAUCUCUCUUUACGACUAUUUCCAAAAUCCUCUCCCUCGCUUCACUCCGGUGUGGAACCCCUCUAACAACUCCUAUGAUCUACUGAUUGAGAACAUCACUGAAUCUGACCUGGGACUCUACUACUGUGGGACUAAGGAGAUGAAUGAUGAAGUCUACAACUAUGGAAAGUUCUCCACUUGGAUUUUAAUUGAGGACACCAUCACCGCUUGUGACUGCCCUGACUGUGGUGUGUCUGCUGACUGUGGUCUGAGCUGGGUCCUGGUGCUGGCCUCCAAAGCUCUGUUUCUGUUCCUCAUUCCUGCUGCCUUCUGCGCCAUGGAACACACACGGGCGCUCCUGAGCAACAGGAGAACACAAAGAGAAGUGUUCGUCCUCGACCCUCUUGGCUUCCUGACCCCCUUCACCAUCAGCAUCAAGUAUAUGUUCCAGGAAAUGUGGGAGAGGGGGGCUCAGCUGGGAUGA